UUGGACUCUGGGAAGGAAUAAUGACAGAAAAUCCAGAGGUAAAAAAAUCUGUCACUGUACAAAAAACCUUUUCGACCUCAAGUUGCUGGAUGGCAGCAGAGUCAGCUUUUUGACAACCACCCCGAGGCGCUCAACUACAAGUCCCGAUGGAUGUGUCACUUCCUUGCACUGACAGCAAAAAUCGUCCGGCUCUCAGAGAGAGUCAGUCUGUGGAUUUUGAUUCUGUUAUUCACGGUCCCACAGUAAACAAGCAGUCUGCACAAGAACCAAGAACAGAGGCUGUGACCAGUCUUGCAGACACCACUGAUGAAUCCCCGCCACAUGUUUCUGCAAAACCAGACAGCGUUCAGUCAUUAUUGUCCAUCUAUAGCAUGUCAGAGCAUUUUUCACUUUCCUCAGAGGCUUCACCAAAGGAUGACGAUGGCAGGGGUCAGUGCUGUUUGGGCCAAUCAGAAACAGUAUCACCUUUAUUACCUCACCUCUCUCAGAACCUCAUUUUACCCCAAUCUGAAUCAGCUUCCUCUUCUGCCGAACAAGGAAAUACUCCACCUGAAUCUUUUGGGGCGGUCUCACUUGAGGGUUUGAUGGAGCUGUCUGUCACUGUCCCCUUCUCCAGUCCCAACAUCAGCUCUGAAAACAGACCUCCUUUAUUAAGGUCAUUAGACAGAGACAGUUCAGAUACUGACACAGCUGUAGUGCCUUUGUCAGAUCUUUAUAUCUUUGAAAGUGACACACAGGACUUCAUCCUGAGCCCAAGUAUAGCUUCCCAUGUGAUUAAAUGUCCUGAAUACCAGCCAUUAUCACAAACAAGUGGGAAGCAAGUGAGCCAUCACUGUGAUAAGCAUGUAGUGAUGUGUGAUUCAUCAGACGCGACAGAAUGUCAUCACAGCUCUUGUGUGGAACAAUAUACAGAGAAUAACGAGUCAGACGUGAGUGAACAUUCGGGGCUGAGGACACCUGCUGCAGAUGCUUGGGAGGCAGGCUUUAUGUCUCUAAGUGAUGUGAGACGAGGCAAAGCGAGGGUCGCUGGAAUAACCCUCCAGCGCAGCAACAGUCCCAUCGAGCUCUGGCAGGACGCACGCCAAUAUCUGACAGGUGAUGAUACAGAAGGUCAGGAUGUUUGGGACAAGACACAUCACUCUGUGAUGCAAGGAGAUCUCUCUCAUACCAGUUACUUGUCUUUUUCCUCAAGAGAGACACAGGUGUCAGAUUACAACCCUGAAGGUAGCGAGGGGAUUGGCUGGACCGGUGAUGACACCAAAGGUUGGGGGCCACCAGUUAAGAGGUGGUCAUCAGUGGACAGCUGGGCAACUGCACUCUCAGAUUGGACUGACAUCAUCGUGGCUCCACCAGAGGACUUCACAACAGCCUUUUCAGAAAUAGGGGCUGAGAUAGAUGCUUUGACACAGGCGCUGUCAGAGGUAAAUACUCUCACAGAAACAGAGACUGCAAAACAAGGACGCACUCUACAAACAACAACCCAGGCACAAAUGGGAGUCCAGGAUCAACCUCUAAAGGCACAAAACAUAUCAGAGAGCUCCAUCCACUCUGGGCACAGCUCUCUCUCUUUGUGCUUCGAAUCUACAGGACUGAAACUCCGUGACAGAGAGGGUGCUGAAUCCUUGUGCAAUUCAACACCCCCCACACAAGGAGACAAGUGCUCCCCCUGCACCGCUCCCCAGCAUUCAUCCAGGGGUUCACCUGGUGUGACGGUGGCCUCUCCAGUAGGAAACACCACAGAUGCAAGUGUGGUGGCACUGAUGCCUGGAUCUACUUCUGCUGAUCUCAACCUCUCUCUGUUUGAUGAUUAUGCAGAGUCCUUGGAGACAGAAAGUCUCAUCAGCAAUGAAAAAGACCCAGUCAUACUGAGUAUAAUAGAAGAUACAGAUUUGGACCCUCCUACAGAUUUAAUAACAGAGGAGCCCGCUGGAGAUAGACUGCGUGAAGUGACAAAUGAGCGCAGGUUUGUCCAGCUGGGCUCAGUGACCAAACACGAAGCUAAACAGAGCUGUGGGCAAGCUGAGGUCGAUCGGGAAGAAAACCAGUUCCUAACUGAUUUUAGUGUCCUCACUGCUGACACUCUGACAAACUCACACGUGCCAGGUGGAGACACGCAACCUGGCUGGCAUUUUAAUACUGACAACCAAGUGUCUAGUGACACUUUGCCAGACCUUGAUAGAGCAUGUCAGGUGGAGCCAAAGAGGGACAGUCCCACAUUUAUUAUGCCCUUAGCUCCAGUCAGUAUUGGCCCUUUCCUUGUCUGUAGGACAAACAGACAUUUGGAAGGAGAUCAGACUUGUGCGAAAGGUUCUCUCAAUAACAACAGUUGCGAUCACGUACAACAGUGUGCUCUCUUGCCAACCCUGGAUGGAAUUACUGACAAACCAUCUCUGGAAGGCGAUGAAGAGUUGAUUCAUGAAAAGCAGACUACAGAAAAGACCGCUGAGAAAUCUUCACCAGAGGGACUACAGGACCUGAACGCUAGUGACGCUGCAGACUGUUUCCUCACUAGAAAAACAAUAUUUGAGGAGAUUGAUGAUUUCAGUAGGGAACUAGAAAACCUCAUUGUUCUCCCUGCAGAUAAUUUCUUCAUCUCAAACGAGAAACGCAUUGCAUGCAUCACUUUAGAUAUAUUUGAUCCAUUUGUCUCCAAGCCUGCAAAACCCACAGCUGUGCAGUCAGAGAAGGCUGAGCUGAAUCAGAAAACAACUGAAAAGAUGCCUCACAAAACCCAGAAGAACACACGCUCCAAAAAGGAUAAAUCAGCUGGUCAUCAUCAUUUCACGCAAGUGUCCAAAAAACAGGAAAGCAAAUGUCACCAUGUUUCCACCCAGCAGACAUCCAACCAGCAAGAAACUCAUCCUACUAUUGGAGAAAAGCACACCAGUGAGAACACUCAGACUGAACUUGAAGCCAAGGAGGCUACACUGGUUAUUGAGGCAAGUGUGGUAGCUGAGAAGACAACAGGCAAGCCACAUGGCAAGAAGAAAAAGAAACACGGUCAGAACGCAUCAUCAGGGGAGCCGCUGAUUGAAGUGGAGAAUGGAGCAAAAUCAAAGACUGCAAAAGGAAGAAUCGAGCUUUUCGAAUCUAAGCUGGGUGUCAAAGCUGGCAAAGCUCAAAGGGAAAGUGAUCGGCCAAAUGUUGCUGAAAUGAAGUCCCAGCAACCAGAGGCUAAAGCGUCACAGGGAGAACAACCUCCAAAUCCCACAGAAAAUAAGGACCACCAGCCGAAGAACUUCACAAGUCCUCUGAAUGAUGAUAUUGUUAAAAGGCCACGUCUGUCAGAGGACAAGUUUGGGAAGAUUGUCAGUAUGUUGGAGUCUAAACUACCAAAGUCAGACGUGUCAGUAAAAGUAAAGGGAGAUGAGCUCAAGGCAGAUGUUGGAGGAACUCGUAAGAAGGCGUACAGUGAAGUGGUCAAACAGAGGAUCCCACCCAAGGAAGAACCCAAGGCGGUAAAGCCUAUCCAGGCAGCACCAGUGAGUGGUGACGCCCAGAGCCUGUGCCUGUGGUGUCAGUUUGCUGCUGUCUCCUCCGACUACACUGUGACCUGGAGCAGAGACGGUACUAUCCUGGCUGAGAUCAAAAGAAGUGCAGGGGAUGAGAGCAAGGUGUCACUGACCAUCAAUAACGCUUCUCACAAGGAGCUGGGCAAGUACCUUUGUCAGCUCAGCAGCUUACAUGGGUCAGUCAGCCUGGACUACCUGCUCACAUAUGAAGUGCUCAGUGAGAUUGUCAUCCCUCCAGCUCCAAAAACGAUUCCAUCUGCCCCUGUAGAGGUUAGCAGUGAAGAAGAAGAUGCUCACUUCUCCAGACUCUUUUUCAAGGAAGAUUUCCUAGCUGACCAAUACUUUGGAGACAGCCAUCCCAUCAGUAUGAUCACUGAAAAGGAACACUUUGGGGAGGGGAUGCAUCGGCGGGCUUUCCGGACUAAGCUGCAAGCGGGUCAGAUACCCUUGUUAGUGCCAGGUCACUCCUGUGUGCUCAAAGUGCACAAUGCUAUCAGCUAUGGGACCAAGAACAAUGACGAGCUUGUUCAGAAGAACUUUACCUUGGCUGCAGAGGAGUGUCAGGUCCAGAACACAGCAAGAGAGUACAUCAAAGCUUAUACUGCUGCUGCUCAGUCCAUCGGAGCCUUCGGAGAUGUUCCAGAUAUAAUUCCCAUCUACCUGAUUCACCGUCCAUCGAAUGACAUCCCCUACGCCACGCUGGAAGAGGAGCUGAUUGGUGACUUUGUUAAAUAUUCAGUCAAGGACGGCAAAGAGAUCAACCUGAUGAGGCGUGAUUCAGAGGCUGGACAGAAAUGCUGUGCUUUCCAGCACUGGGUCUACCAAAACACCGAGGGCAACCUGCUGGUUACUGACAUGCAAGGAGUGGGCAUGAGACUUACUGAUGUGGGAAUAGCCACCUGUAAGAAAGGAUACAAGGGAUUCAAAGGAAACUGUGGCACCUCCUUCAUAGACCAGUUUAAAGCCUUGCAUCAGUGCAACAUGUACUGUGAAAUGCUAGGUCUCAAAUCUCUGCAGCCCAAAGCCAAAAAGCCAGCAUCUGCUCCCAAACCCAAACCCCAAAGCUCUGCUGCACCCAAGAAGAAAACAUUUGGGCCAACGAUGAAGGGAAAGUCGUAACAGGAGGAGAAUGCUGGGCUAAGGGUUUGAUUAUUAAUUGAAAUGGUGACAUUUUUAGUGAUUCACUUCAGUCACUUUGAACUGAAACCCGCAGAGUUUUGUGGACAGUUUCUAUAAACUUCUGGAUUUCAGCAGAUCAUUUAAAGAGACUCCAAAAGUAGUAAAUGUAGCAGAAGCAGCAGCUGCUGUUUCAACUUUUUUUCUUUGUUGAACACGUCAACAUUUUUAGUUUAAUGAAGGGAGCCUGUGAGUUGUAUUUAGCAGUUCUCGGAAAACUGCAGUUCAUUUAAGGAACACUUGAAAUGACGAGAUCGUUAAUGAACUGUGACGCUUAGAUUGCUUGACUGAUGAGCUGCAAUGAACUCUCUUGGUUUUUCUACUUCUGGGAUAUUUUCAAACUAUUAGUUCAUUAAAUUAAUGGACUUAAUUUAUUAAUUAGAGGAAAUGUCUUUAAAGUAGGUUGUAUGAGUGGGUGUGUGGAGGGGGGGUUGAUUUCCAAAGCGGUGUAUUUCAUGAACAUGUAUCCAGUUUAAUGUUACAGUUGUGAUCAGAUUAUCUUGCUCAUUUUCUUGCUUGUUACACUGAAUGUCAAACAUUGUAAUAUUUCUAAGUUAGAUUUUGCUGUUUUAGCAAUCUUCCAGGAAUCCAUAUUAAACAUAUAUAAAGGGAAAGACAUGCAGAGUGAACCCAAUCAACCUGACAUCAAGAGGCCAUAUGAUCUCAGUAGUAUUCCAGCUAUUCAACUGCAGUCUAAAACAGUCUUUAUACAAUAACCCUCUCCGAUCGCCCCU